ACCGGGAGGGGUUGUGGUUGGCGAAUAUCAUUCCUUCGGUUCAUGUGUACCUAAAAAAGGCGGUUAAACAUGUCCGCUGUCGAGGCAUCCGUAGCAUCCCGAAAUAUUGAAAUUAAAGCCACCAUUCAAGAUGAAGAAUCAUUUCGACGAAUGGUGAAGAUUGCAGAGCAACUGACGGGCUCCAGUGGUGAAGUGAUAAAACAACACGACGUUUUUUUCAAUGCUCAGAAGGGCCGGCUAAAGUUGCGUUAUCUGGAGACUAAAAAAUCGGAGCUAAUUCAGUACUUUCGACCGGACGUGGGUGGCCCGAAGUUAUCCACCUUCCACAAGAUCGAUUUGGACGAACCGAAAUUGAUGGAAACGAUCUUGGCUGAAAGCGUUGGCGUGAAAGGGGAAGUUCGAAAACAACGGCAUCUGUUCCUGCAUAAGCAGACCCGUAUUCAUCUGGAUGACGUGGAAGGUUUGGGAUAUUUCCUGGAAUUUGAAGUAUGUCUAAAUCCAGAGCAAACCGUCGACGAUGGGACUGAGAUGGCGAAUGAAAUGAUGAAGCUGUUUGAAAUCGAUGAGAAGGAUUUAAUUGAAGGGGCCUACAUGGAUAAGUUGCUGAAAUAAAAUAAUAGUUGAUGGGUUUGUGAAAA